AUGCCCCGAUCCAGCUGUGGCUCCUUUACGGGGGCCUUGCUGGCCUUUCCUAAGGGAGGUGUUUUCCCGAGGGCAGGUGGACUGCUCCUCAGACUAGGGGCCCUUGGAGGGCCAGGCCUGGGCUUCUACCUCCUCUCGCAGGCUGCCCCCAAGGCAGAGGCUGAGAAUCAGAAGACAUUUCAGCAGACAUCUACAAAUCUGAAGGACAAAACAUGGUUCAAGCAUCUGGGCACAGGCACAAAGAUCCAGGAAAUAUGGUGCGAGGAAGAUGAGAGGAAGAUGGUGCGAGAGUUCCUGGCCGAGUUCAUGAGCCCAUAUGUCAUGAUGAUAUUCGGCCUUGGUUCUGUGGCCCAUAUGGUUCUAAAUAAAACAUAUGGGAGCUACCUUGGUGUCAACUUGGGUUUUGGCUUCGGAGUCACCAUGGGAGUCCACGUGGCAGGCCGCAUCUCUGGAGCCCACAUGAAUGCAGCUGUGACCUUCACUAACUGUGCACUGGGCCGCGUGCCCUAGAGGAAGUUUCCAGUCUAUGUGCUGGGGCAGUUCCUGGGCUCCUUCCUGGUGGCUGCCACCAUCUACAGUCUCUUCUACACGGCCAUUCUCCACUUUUCGGGUGGAGAGCUGAUGGUGACCGGUCCCUUUGCUACAGCUGGCAUUUUUGCCACCUACCUUCCUGAUCACAUGACAUUGUGGCGGGGCUUCCUGAAUGAGGAGUGGCUGACCAGGAUGCUCCAGCUGUGUCUCUUCACCAUCACGGACCAGGAGAACAACCCAGCACUGCCAGGAACACACGCGCUGGUGAUAAGCAUCCUCGUGGUCAUCAUCGGGGUGUCCCAUGGCAUAAACACAGGAUAUGCCAUCAAUCCAUCCCGGGACCCACCCCCCAGCAUCUUCACCUUCAUUGCUGGUUGGGGCAAACAGGUCUUCAGCGAUGGGGAGAACUGGUGGUGGGUGCCAGUGGUGGCACCACUUCUGGGUGCCUCUCUAGGUGGCAUCAUCUACCUGGUCUUCAUUGGCUCCACCAUCCCACGGGAGCCCCUGAAAUUGGAGGACUCUGUGGUGUAUGAAGACCACGGGUUAACCGUAUUGCCCAAGAUGGGAUCUCAUGAACCCAUGAUCUCUCCCCUCACCCUCAUCUCCGUGAGCCUUGCCAACAGAUCUUCAGUCCACUCUGCCCCACCCUUACAUGAAUCCAUGGCCCUAGAGCACUUCUAAGCAGAGAUUAUUUGUGAUCCCAUCCCUUCCUCAAUAAAGCAAAGCUUGUCCCACAGCAGUACCCCCACUUCCUGGGGGCCUCCUGUGGUUGGGCUUCCCUCCUGGGUUCUUCCAGGAGCUCUAGGGCUAUGUCUUAGCCCAAGGUGUAGAGGUGAUGUGCCUCAAGUCUUUCAUGCCCUGGGAACUGGGGUGCCCCAGGGGGAGAAUGGGGAAGAGCUGACCUGCGCCCUCAGUAGGAACAAGGUGAGAUGAAAGAAUGACAGAAACGGAAUGAGGGAUUUUCAGGCAAGGGGGAAGGAAGGGCGGUUUUGGUGAAAGGACCGAAGCUGACUGGUGGGGGGCUGGCUUUGGAAAUACUUUGAGGGGAUCCUGAGAUUGGACUCUAGACUCUCCCCUGGUUCUUCCCUUCCCCGAGUUCUGGCCAGUUCUUGGACCAGACAAGGCAAGGCCCAAGAAGGUAGAUCAGAAUUUUUUAGCCUUUUUUCAUUAGUGCCUUCCCUAGUAUUCUUCUAGAUUUUUUUUUCUUAAUCACAUGAAAUUUUAAUACCACAGAUAUACUAUAUAUCUGUUUAUGUUCUGUAUAUGUUCUGUGCUUUAUACGUAAAAAAGAAUAAGAUUUUUUUUCACCUCCCCUUUUAAGAAUCAGUUUUAAUUCCGUUGAGAAUGCUUGUUAUAGAUUGAAGGCUGGUAAGGGGUUGGGCUCCUCUUUCUUCUUCCUGGUGCCAGAGUGCUCCCACAUGAAGGAAUAGGAAAGGAAGAUGCAAAGAGGGAAAUCCUUCAAACACAUGAGGACACAGGAAGAGGCCUCAUAGGGCUCCAAGGGCUCCAGGGAAGCAGCUGCAGAGGUUGGGUGGGGUGGGGGGCCAGGAUCCACUGACCCUGGGGCCAGGCAGGAAUCACUCUGUUGCCUGGGGCUCAGAAGGCAGCAUCACCCAUGGUUCCUGUCAUUGCUCAUGCAUUUUGCCUUUCAACAAUUGUUGUGCACCUACUGUGUGCAGGCCCUGCCUGGACACUGGGGAUGCGCAGUGGAUGCACUGGGCUCUGCCUUUGAGGGUUGCAGUUUAAUGGGCGACAGGUAAUUAUAAGGAAGAAGGUGAGUACAGAGUGGGAGGCUUGGAGGCAGUGGGGCUUGGGGUGGGAGAGCUCACAUCCAGCCUCUGGGCCAAGGCCAGGAGGCUUCCCAGAGGAGGAGACAGAGCAGGGUAUUGUGGUGGGGGGUGUCCUUUUUGGGGCUGGGAGCUGCACUUUACAGUUUGAGGGGAUGGGCAGAGGAGGCUGGGCUUCGUUCUGGAGGUGGGGACAUGAUAAGGUGAGGUUUAGAAAGCACACCUGAGCCGCAGUGUGUAGGAUGCUGGAAAUGGUGGAGAUGGGCCUGCAAAGAGAGUGCUGGGAAGUGAUGACCCAGGAGCAGCAGCCGGGCACCUAACAAUGGGUCAGCACCAUGGGCGUGGAGACGAGGGCCGGGAUUGAUCAAUACCCAAGAAGUACAAUGUACAGGACUUGGGCUCCAUUUGGAUGGAGUGGGUGAGGGAGAGGGAGGAGUCAGAAAUGGCUUCCGGUUUCCAGCUUGGGCCUGGAGAUUAGAGAUGUCCCCACUGAGAGUAGGGCACAAGUGAGGAAAUGGUUUGGAGAGAAAGAUGAUAAGUUACAUCAUGGAUGUGCUGAGUCUGAGUUGCCUAUGGGACUUGGAAUGGGGGGUGGCAAAAGGUGUGUGACCUUGAGCAAGAUAUUCAACUCUUCUGGGCCUUGGUCUUCUCAUUUGUAAAAUGGCGAUAAGAAUAUUACUUCCCAUUUGUGUUGCUGUGAAUAUUAAGUGCGCUACCACAUGUAAAAUGUUGAGAAUCGUUUCUAGCUCAGAGUAAGUGCUCAAUAAACACAGUUAUGCCUUUUAUAUGGUCUGGAGCUCAGAAGUGGAAGACAGGGUUUUGUGAAGUCAUGGCUUUGUGGAUGUAGCUGGAGUGUGGUGUAAUGACAGGAGGGUCGGGGGCACGGCACAAGGUAGGUGGUCAAGAGACACUGGACACAACCCAAAUGUCCAUCCACAGGGGAACAGAUACAUACACUGCUCUGCAAUUGCACAUAGUAGAAUCCUCUACAAUAGCAAAAAUUAAGGCACAACAGACACCUGCAACAACACAGAAAAAUUCUAGAGGCAUAAAAAGUAAUACAGUAGCUGGGCAUGGUGGUUCACACCUGUAAUCCCAGCACUUUGGGAGGCCAAGGUGGGUGGAUCACGAGGUCAAGAGAUCGAGACCAUCCUGGCCAACAUGGUGAAACCCUGUCUCUACUAAAAAUACAAAAAUUAGCUGGGUGUUAUGGCACACACCUGUAGUCCCAGCUAUUCGGGAGGUUGAGGUGGGAGAACUGCUUGAACCUGGGAGGCGGAGGUUGCAGUGAGCCAAGAUCGCAUCACUGCAUUCCAGCCUGGCGACAGAGCAAGACUCGGUCUCAAAAAAAAAAAAAAAAAAAAAAAAAAAAGCCUGGUGUAGUUGGGCACCUGUAAUCCCAGCUGCUCAAAAGACUGAGGCAGGAGAGAAUCCCUUGAACCUGGGAGGCGGAAGUUGCAGUGAAUGGAGAUUGUGCCACUGCACUCCAGCCUGGGUGACAGAGUGAGACUGUGUCUCAAAAAAAAAAAAAAGUAAUACAGUAGACUAUAUACAGUGUGACACAGUCUUGUAGCUGAAAAAUAAGCAAAAAUACAUUCUUCGCUAUAUAUAUGUAUGUAAGAAAACUAUUUUAGAAAAAGAAAUAAUUCCUACAGGCAGAUGGGGAAGAACACAGGAGUAGUACAAGCUAUUAAUAAUUUCCUAGUUUUGGAGUUGGACAUUUGUGGGUUUAUUAUAUGAUUGUGCUUGUUAACAUAUAAAUGUGAUACAUAUUGUUUGUAUGAGAUAUAUAUAUAUAUAUACACACACGCACACAUACACGUAGAUGAUUGCUGACAAGGAGUUUCUAAAGAUAAUAUAUAUAUUUUUAGGUAAAAUAGAAUAACAUUCUGCUUCUGGUCUUCAUAAUAAAAGAGAAAUCAGGACUAAGAAAACAAGUGUUUAUUAUAUAGAGUUUUAAUUUUUAUUCUUUUAUUUAUUGAUUUAUCUUUAGGCAUGUGCAGAGAUGAACUCACUAAUUGUUCAAAAUAAACAAUUUGAAUUCAAAGCAAAGUA